UCGUUCGAGUCUUACCUGUCGCUCCCUCGUGUGGAGAAACACAAGCCCACCACCGAUCAUUUAGGUAUACCAAGCAAUUCUCCAAACUUGCGGCCCGCCUUGGCAUCCAUCAUCUUUUUUGUCCGCGCUCAGCCCGUCGCUCCUAUUUCCGGAGCUAGCAGACGGGCCGGCAGAAAUUAACACGCUUGACAUCAUUCGGCAUUCAGUGUUUAGCGAUUCAAUUGCCCGACAUGUCUGCUCCAGUCGAAGUCGAAAAGGGGGCUAAUCCUGCGCCGCGGAGCCAAGACCCGGUGUCGCGAGCGGGAACCACUAAUGGGGUCAACAAUGAGAAGAAUGUCCAACAGGUCUCCGACGACCAUCCAACACCUGAAGACGAAGCUCAUCCACACCCAGACGCCACCAAUGAGAAGUUAGACGGUCCUCUCCCUCGUACCAAUACGCUUAAACACAAGUUUAAAGAGCAGAAGGAGAAAAUCAAGACUAAAACUACGCCUCCCGGCGGCUUUGACCCUACACCAAUCCCCGAUGCUCCUCAGGGAUAUACUGUGAAAUUUACAUUUCAUCGCGCUGAGAACCUACCCGCUGCCGAUCUUAGUACGGGGUCGUCGGAUCCCUUUUUAACCGCUACCUUAACAACUUCGCUGCCGAAAAGACAUAAGGAAGACCCGGAUCUCGUUUAUCGGACGCGCACGAUAAGGAAGACUCUUGAACCACAAUGGGAACAGGAUUGGAUUGUGGCCAAUGUCCCAUCGUCUGGUUUCAAGCUAAAAUGCCGUUUAUACGAUGAAGACUGGCCGGAUCACAACGAUAGGCUCGGUAAUGUGACCAUUCUAGUCAAUCGCGUUAGUGAGAAUUGGGAAGGCAUUGGACCUGAAGGCCAGGAAUUCGAGGUCAAGAAGCGCAGUGGUAGCAAGCGCGCAUAUAUUCUCAAGGCUUGUGCGAGUGCUUUCACCAAAGAUGUCUCUUUGACCCCGAGGCUAUACAUAAGUGCCGUAGUUUCAGGCAAGUCGGAUCCGCCUUACGGCCAAAUGUAUACCGUUGGUCCCACUUACUACUUCAAGCACUUCUCGCCUAUGAUCGGCCGGAUGACAGGUAUCAAGGUGAACAAGGACGAGGCUGAUGACUCACAUGAACACGAUGCAGAUGCAGCGACAUCUGCGUCUCAUCGUAAUGGCAAGCAGGCUGACAGAAGAACUCAAAAAUACGAUUUCCAGGCCAACGAGAUCCAGCUAGCCGGUCCGGUCCCAGAGAGAUUGUACCAUAGAUACGUCGAAUUCCGGCCUAUCAUCGGACUUUUAUUCAGGAGUCGUGGACUACGUGGUAAGAUUUUGAACAAGGCUCUCCACCACCAACACCACCGCAUAUACAACUUCGAUAGCGGUACGCUUUGGGGUGCUUUUGAACCGUGCUCGGAGGAAGCCAGUCUCCAAUUCCUGAAGAUGGCACAUUUCGACGAAGGGGGUCGGAUAUUUACAUAUGUGAUCACUCUAGACGGGAUCAUGAGGUUUACAGAAACCGGAAAGGAAUUUGGUAUCGACCUUCUCAGUAAACACACUAUGCACAGCGACGCCGCGAUAUAUAUCGCUUGCUCAGGAGAGUUCUUCAUCCGCAAGCUGAAAAAACCAAGAGGAAGCGCUGAUCCCGAACCCCGCGAGCCUACUCACCCUGAAGAACAUAUCCAGGGAGGACCACCCAAAGAAAGUCCACCUACUAGGCCCGAGUAUUACCAGUUGAUUAUUGAUAAUGACAGCGGUACAUACCGUCCCGAUAAAUCGGUGCUACCAGACCUGAAAAAGCUGCUAGAGCGUAACUUUCCAGGUCUCGAUAUCGUGACACUACCGUGCGACGAUCCAGAACACCAGAAAUUAAAAGCGGCCCAGGUCAAGGUGAAGAAGAGGGAAGGUCGCACGAUUAAUAUGGUGCUGAACCGUAGCCCUAGCGCGAGCUCGUUUAGCUCGGACGAUAUAAGUGAUCUUGAGGAUAUGGAACGAGCUGGAGAAGUCGGACGUAAGAGUAAAAAGGAGAGGGCGCUGGAUCUGCUUGAGGAGCCUCGGCGGUUCAAGGAGUUGAGAGGGAAAAAACCUGCGGAUGCAGUAUUAAGCGGGCCAAGCGGCAGCGGUGUGGCCACCUAACGAACCGACCGCUUGUUAUCAGAUCUUUUCUCGAGUUUUGUUGCUCUUUGAUUUUCCAAUGUGGGAAUUGGUAUCCGGGCACUUGAUUUUUUUUUUUGAAUACAACAACAACGAACGACUGAUCUGGCUACAAUGACCAUACUAAAGGAAUUUAGCUGGUCAUUUUUUUAUGACGAUUUCUUACACAAAUUUUUGAUUCCCCAACUACUUUCUAUCAUC